UAUCCAAACCAGACCGCCUCCCUGCUCUGCUCUUCGGCUCUUCUCCUCCCCGACCCGACCGAUCCCCCCGCCUCCCUCCCCUCCAACCGCGCGGCGGCCGCCGGAUCCACCCGGGGUCACGAUGAGCUGGUGGUGGACCGGCGCGAUCGGCGCGGUCAAGAAGCGCCAGGACGAGCAGGCGGCGGCGGCGGAGCCCGCCUACCAGAGCGUCGCCCUCGUCGUCGGCUCCACCGGCAUCGUCGGCACCUCCCUCCUCGACAUCCUCCCGCUCGCCGACACCCCGGGCGGACCCUGGAAGGUCUACGCGCUCUCGCGCCGCCCGCUCCCGCCCUGGUCCCCGCCGCAAUCCCCCGCCGUCGCGAACCUCCACCUCGACCUCGCCGACGCCGCCGCCGUCGCCGGGGCCCUCGCCCCGCUCACCGACAUCACCCACGUCUUCUACGUCGCCUGGACCGCCCGCGGCACCGAGGCCGAGAACCGGGAGGCCAACGCCGCCAUGCUCCGCAACGUCCUCUCCGUCGUCGUCCCCAACUGCCCCGCGCUCGUCCACGUCUGCCUCCAGACCGGCCGCAAGCACUACGUCGGGCCCUUCGAGGCGCUCGGCAGGGUCGAGUUCCCGGACCCGCCCUUCACCGAGGACAUGCCGCGCCUCGGAUGCCCCAACUUCUACUACGACAUGGAGGACGUCCUCUUCGAGGAGGUCUCACGCCGCGGCGGGGCCGUCAGCUGGUCCGUGCACCGGCCCACCACCGUCUUCGGGUACUCCCCGCGGAGCGCCAUGAACGUCGUCGGCAGCCUCUGCGUCUACGCCGCCAUCUGCAGGAAGGAGGGCGCCAAGCUGCGGUGGCCCGGGUCCCGGGUCGCGUGGGAGGGAUUCAGCGACGCCUCCGACGCGGACCUCAUCGCCGAGCACGAGAUCUGGGCCGCCGUCGACCCGUUCGCCAAGAACGAGACCUUCAAUUGCAGCAACGGUGAUCUCUACAAGUGGAAGAACCUCUGGCCGAUACUGGCGGACCAUUUCGGGGUCGAAUGGGCUGGCUACGAAGGGGAGGACAGCAGGUUCAAGCUCGAGGACGCCAUGGCCGGGAAGGAGGCGGUCUGGGCGGAGAUUAUCAGGGAGAAUGAGCUUACGUCUACAGAGCUCGACGAGAUCACCAAUUGGUGGUUCGUCGAUGCUGUGUUGGGUGUCGAGUUCGAGCAUUUGGACAGCAUGAACAAGAGCAAGGAGCAUGGCUUCCUCGGCUUCAGGAACACCGUCAACUCAUUCAACACAUGGAUCGAGAAGCUCAAGGUCUUCAAGAUUGUUCCAUAAUUCUUCCCUGCAAUUUAGGUCUCUGCUGUUGUUUCACAUCAUUCAGCAUCUUAUUAUCUUGCUCGUUUAUCAAGUUCCAGUUCGUUUGUAAUUUAGUUCCAUUUCAUACAAUUUGCUAUCUUUGCCAGGUUUGCAUGUUGUAUACUGUUGUAUAUUAGGGCCAAAUAAAGAUCAACACAUUGCAAAUAAGUUAUUCUUGUUCACCAUUAGUUUCA